AGCCUCUCGGCAGUGCCGGAGCUGGGGCCGGUGAGUGACAUCGGGGGGGGACACUGGGAGCGUUCCUGUGGCUGGGGGGUCCCACCACAGGGGUGGCCCUGGAACUGUGACAGUCGAGUCACCUGGAUUCCACUUUUCCAGGAAAAAUGGGAUCUGGCACGGCUGGAGUGACCUGUCCGGGCGUGGCCAGGGGGGCUGUGGCUGUCACCGUGCUGUGGGUGACGGUGGUGGGGGCAGCCACGGGGCGCUGGUGCGAGCGGACGGUGCAGGUGACGGAGCAGGAGGAGGUGACGCCCCGGCGCGAGGCCACCGUGCCCUGUCCCAGUUUGUACCAGUACAGCCUGGCCGGGUGGCGGCUGGACCGGGACCGCACACGCCAGGGGCACGGGGACCCCCCGGGGGACACCAAAACCGACCCCCCUGGGGACACCAAAACCGACCCCCCUGGGGACACCAAAACCAACCCCCCUGGGGACACAAAAACUGACCCACCCGGGGACACCAGCACCGACCCCCCCCUCUGCUACAUCUACCGCCCCCCGGAGACACGGCCGGUGGUCCGGAGCCACACGGAGCGCGGCUGCUGUCCCGGCUGGAGCGGCCCCCGCUGCACCGAGGGCCCGGGCUCCCUGGGCCGCUGUUUCGGCACGUGGCAGUGCCAGGAUGGCCCCGGUGGCCACAACGGCAGCGCCAUGAGCCGCUCCGAGUGCUGCCGGCAGCCCUGGGGGCACAGCUGGCACCGCGGGGACACCGGGGGCACGGGGCCCUGCCUGCCCUGCACCCGCCUGCCCCUGGGGGGGGACGGGGGGUCCCCGCGCCACCGCAGCCCCCCGGCCACGUGCCAGGCCUGGGCCGGGACGCGGUUCCGCACCUUCGACGGGCGGCACUUCGGCUUCACCGGGACCUGCCGGUACCGCCUGGCCACGGCCACCGACGGCACCUGGGACGUCACCAUCGGCCUCGGCCACCCCCGGGUGCUGCACAUGACCUUCGGGACAGACACGGUGGUGGCCUGGGGACGGAACGUGUCGGCGAACGGGCUGGCGGUGCUGGAGGGACACCCCUACCUGCACAGAGGGCUCGGUGUCACCUGGCCGGGGGACUGGGUGGCCGUGGCCAGCAGCCUGGGCGUGCGGGUGGCCUGGGACGGGCACCUGGCGGUGACAGUGACGGUGGAGCCCGAGCUGCGGGGGGGCACCGGGGGGCUCUGCGGCACCUACACCGACGACCCUGCAGACGACUUCGUGAGCCCCGAUGGGGACGUCGCUCCCUUUGCCGCCGCCUUUGGCAACGCCUGGAAGGUGCCGGCAGCUGGCACAGAGCCCCCGUGCAGGGACGUGCCGGAGGGCGGCUCCAGGUGUGGCCCAGGCCAGGUGGCACCUGCGGUGGCCACGUGCGGGCAGCUGCUGGCCCAGCCCUUCCAGCAGUGCCACGGCGAGGUGGACCCCAGCGGGUUCUAUGCGGCGUGUCUGGCGCUGCUGUGCGGGGACGGGGACCCUGGACCCUCGUCACCCCCCGACCCCCUGUCGCCCCCCGACCCCCCGUCGCCCCCCGUCCCCCCGCCCCCCACCGCCUGCGACACCUUCUCCGCGUACUCCCGGGAGUGCUCCCGCCGCCAGGUCCAUGUCCCCUGGCGCCGUCCCGGCUUCUGCGAGCGCGGCUGCGGCGCCGGGCAGCGCUUCUCGGACUGCGUGUCCCUGUGCCCGGUCACCUGUGCCACCGCGGGCAGCGCCGAGGAGGGGCCGUGCCAGCGCCACUGCCACGGCGGCUGCGAGUGCGGCCCGGGGCUGGCCCGGGACGGGGACGGCUGCGUCCCCCCCGCCGCCUGCCCCUGCCACCACCGGCGACAGCGCUACGGGCCCGGCCAGAGCAUCCGCCAGCGCUGCAACCGCUGCACGUGCGAGGGCGGGCGCUGGCGCUGUGAGCAGCAGCGGUGCCCGGCCGAGUGCGCGGUGCUGGGGGGGCGUCACUUCGUCACCUUCGACCGCCGCCGCUUCUCCCUGCCGGCCCCCUGCGCCCACACCCUGGUGGAGGACUUCGUGGGGAGGCGGCUGCUGAUCACGGCCGAGCACGAGCCCUGCGACAGCCCCCGGCCCCUCGGCUGUCCCCGCACCCUCACUGUCACCACCGGCCGCACCACGGCCCGUCUGCACGGCACAGGGGAGGUGACAGUGGCCGGGCGGGAGGUGACACUGCCCUUCUCCGGUGCCGGGCUGAGCGUCCGCCGCGCGUCCUCGGCCUUCCUGCACCUGCAGGUGCCCGACGCCCACCUGCUCUGGGGGCUGGGGACCCCCAACACCUACAUCACCCUCCAGCCCGCCAUGGCCGGCACGGUGCGGGGGCUCUGCGGGACCUUCACCGGGGACCAGCGGGACGAGUUCACGACGCCGGAGGGGGAUGUGGAGCCGGGAGUCGCCGCCUUCGCCAACGCCUUCCGUGCGGCCGGAGCCUGCCCGGCGCUGGGCCCCGGCAUUCCCGACCCCUGCCACGGCUUUCCCGGGAGCCGGGAGCGCGCCGAGGCCGCCUGCGCCGUGCUCAUGGGGCCGGCGUUCCAGCCGUGUCACCGCGCGGUGGACCCGGAGCCGUUCGUGGAGCUGUGCCGGUGGGACGUGUGUUCCUGCCGGGAGCAGGAGCCGGAGCGGUGCCUGUGCCCGGCGCUGGGAGCCUACGGCCGGGAAUGCGCCCGGGAGGGGACGGAGCUGCAGUGGAGGAACCGGAGCCUCUGCGACGAGCCGUGCCCCGGGGGGCAGCAGUUCCAGGACUGUGGGGGUCCCUGCGGCCGUUCCUGCUCGGAGCCCCCUGGAGCAGGGGACUGUCCCCCACCGGACACCCUCUGUGUCCCCGGCUGCCGCUGCCCCCCGGGGCUGCUGCUGGCCCAGGGGGGCCAGUGUGUGCCCCCCGCCGCCUGCCCGUGCCCCCGCGGCGCCCGCCUGUACCCCCCCGGCGCCCGCCUGCGCCGCGGCUGCCAGGCCUGUGUGUGCGCAGGGGGGUCGUGGCGCUGCGCCCCCGCCCCGUGUCCCCCCGCCCCGCGCUGCCCCCCGGGGCUGCUCCACGCGCCGGGGUCGUGCCUGCGCCGCUGCGACCCCGCCGAGCCCGCCGGCACCUGCGGGGGCCCCGCCGACGGCUGCGUCUGCCCCCCCGGGACCCUCUUCCUGGACGGGCGCUGCGUGUCACCGGACGAGUGUCCCUGUCACCACGGCGGGCGGCUGUACCCCCCCAACGCCACCAUCGCCCGCGACUGCAACACCUGCGUGUGCCGGCGGCAGCGGUGGCACUGCGGGCGCGAGGAGUGCGCGGGGACGUGCGUGGCCACCGGGGACCCCCACUAUGUCACCUUCGACGGCCGCGCCUUCACCUUCGCGGGGGACUGCGAGUACCUGCUGGCCCGAGAGGCCACCGGGCUGUUCGCUGUCACCGCCGAGAACGUCCCCUGCGGGGCCACCGGCGUCACCUGCACCAAGUCCGUGCUGGUGGCCAUGGGCAACACCGUGGUGCACAUGCUGAGGGGGCGGGAGGUGACAGUGAACGGGGUGGCCGUGAGACCCCCCAAGGUGUUCGGGGGGUCGGGGCUGGCGCUGCAGCGCGCGGGGCUCUUCCUGCUGCUCCUCACGCGCCUGGGCGUGGCCGUGCUGUGGGACGGAGGGACCCGCGUGUACGUGCGCGCGUCCCCGCGGCUCCGCGGGCGCCUGGCCGGGCUCUGCGGGAACUUCGACGGCGACGCCGAGAACGAUUUCGGGAGCCGGGAGGGGGCUCUGGAGGCGACCCCCGAGAUCUUCGGGGACUCCUGGCGCCUCAGCCCCCUCUGCCCCGAGGCCGACGGGCACCGCCAGCACCCCUGCGACGACAGCCCGCAGCGCGCAGCCUGGGCGCGGGGGCGCUGCGGGGUCCUGCGGCACCAGCUCUUUGCCCCCUGCCACGACCUGGUGCCCCCCCAGCGCUUCUACGAGUGGUGCCUGUUCGACGCCUGCGGGUGUGACAGCGGGGGGGACUGCGAGUGUCUGUGCACGGCCCUGGCCGCCUACGCCGAGGAGUGCGGCCGUCGGGGGAGACCCCUGCGCUGGCGGAGCCAGGGGCUGUGCCCGCUGCAGUGCGAGGGGGGGCAGGAGUACAACCCCUGCGGCCCCCCCUGCCCCCCCACCUGCCGCGACCUCGGCCGGGACCCCCCCGAGCUCUGCGGGGCCCUGGGGUGUCUCGAGGGGUGCUUCUGCCCCCCCGGGAGGGUCCUGCACGACGGGGCGUGUGUGGACCCCCCAUCCUGUCCCUGCUUCUGGGACGGGUUCGCCUUCCCGGCUGGAGCCACCGUGAGCCAGGGCUGCAGCAACUGCACGUGUCUCGAGGGGCGCUGGCAGUGCCCCCCGACCCCGUCCCCGUGUCCCGCCGCCCCCGGCUGUGCCCCGUGGGAGUUCCGCUGCCGGGAGGGGGGUCUCUGCGUGCCGGGGGCCUGGCUCUGCGACAACGAGGACGACUGCGGUGACGGCUCGGACGAGCUGUGCGACCCCCCCUGCGCCCCCCACCAGCCCCGCUGCCCCGGCGGACGCUGCCUGCCCUGGGGGGCCCGCUGUGACGGUGUCACCCACUGCCCCGACGGCUGGGACGAGGCGGGGUGUCCCCCCCAGCCCUGCGCCCCCCCCGAGUUCGCCUGUGCCGGGGGGCGCUGCCUCCCCCCCGCCCGCGUCUGCGACGGGCGGCUCGACUGUCCCCCCGGGGACCACUCGGACGAGGCGGGCUGUGCCCCCCGGUGCGGGCCGGGGCAGUUCAGGUGCGCGGGGGGCCGCUGUGUCCCCCACCCCCACCGCUGCGACGGCCGCGACGACUGCGGGGACGGGAGCGACGAGCGCGGCUGCUCCUGCCCCGAGGGGCACCUGCCGUGCCCCGGGGGGGGCUGCCACCCCCCCGCCGCGCUCUGCGACGGCCGCCGCCACUGCCCCGACGGCGCCGACGAGGCCAAUUGUCCCGCGCGGGCCACCUGCGCCCCCGGCACCGUGCCCUGCCCCGACGGUUCCUGCGUGCCCGAGGUCGCCGUGUGCGACGGCGCUCGCGACUGUCGCGACGGCUGGGACGAGAGUCCGGCGGGGUGUGCGGUGGCCCUGCCCCCCGCGCCGCUGGCACCUGGCACCGCUGGCACCGCCACUGGCACCGCUGCGCCCUGUGCCCCCCGGUCCCUGCGCUGUGACAGCGGCGGGUGCGUCCCGCGGGGGUGGCGCUGCGACGGCGACAGCGACUGUCCCGACGGCAGCGACGAGGGGGGCUGCGACCCCCCCUGCGCCCCCGGACACCUGCCCUGCGACCCCCCCUGCGCCCCCGGACAUGUCCCCUGCGCCCCCCUCUGCGUCCCCCCCCGCCACCUCUGUGACGGCGUCCCCCACUGUCGCGACAGCGCCGAUGAGAGCCCUGAGCUGUGCGAGCCCCGCGGUCCCGGGAGCAGCCCGGGCGGUCCUUGCACCGAGUUCGACUGCGGGGGGGACGAAUGUGUCACCUUCCAACAGGUGUGUGACGGGGUGCGGGACUGUAGCUCGGGGACGGACGAGCGGGGGUGCGGCCUCUGGGGUCCCUGGGGCCCCUGGGGGUCCUGCAGCCGCCCCUGCGGGCCCGGGGGGCAGCGCCGGGCGCGGGGGUGUCACCAGGGUCACCCCGGGCUGCUGCGGGGGUGCCGGGGGCCGCGCGAGCAGGAGAGACCCUGCUUCCAGCGGGCCUGCCCAGUGGACGGCGAGUGGGGCCCGUGGGGACCCUGGUCCGACUGCCCGGGGGGCUGCGGGGGGGUCCGGCUGCGCAGGAGGGGGUGUCGGCCCCCCCAAAACGGCGGCCGAGCCUGCGAGGAUCUGCCCGGGGGGGCCCCCGGAGCCCUGGAGAUGGCCCCCUGCUCCCCGGGGGGGUGCCUCAACGCCUCCGAGUGCGAGGGGGGGCUGCACCCCCUCCCCUGCGCCCCCUGCCCCGCCUCCUGCGCCGACCUGGCCGCCGCCGUCGCCUGCCCGCGACCCCCGCCCUGCCGCCCAGGUGAGGGGGACCCGGGGGGGGCACCCCGAGGUGAGGGGCACCCGCUGACCCCCCGCCCCUCCCCAGGGUGCUGGUGCCCGGCGGGGCGGGUGCUGGACGCCCCCGAGCCCGGCGCGGGGCCCGCCCGGUGCGUGCGGCCGCGGGAGUGCCCGUGCCGGGCCGGGGGGCGCGCGUACCCCCCGGGGGGCCCGGUGCCCCUCGGCUGCCGCCUCUGCACCUGCCUCGAGGGGCGCCUGCGGCACUGCCGCCCCCUCCCCGGCUGCUCAGUGGACUGCGGGUGGUCGUCGUGGUCGCCGUGGGGCGCGUGCGCGGGCACCUGCGGGACCCCCGGCGUGCAGUGGUCGUUCCGCAGCCCCUCGAACCCCCCCCGGCGCGGGGGGGGGCGGCACUGCCGCGGCAUCUACCGCAAGGCCCGACGGUGCCACGCGGGGCCGUGCCGGCGGUGCCACGAGCGGGGCCGGUGGCGCGUCCCCGGCGAGCGCUGGCGGGGGGGCCCGUGCCAGGUGUGCCAGUGCCUGCCCGGCGGGGGGGUCCGCUGUGUCCCCUACUGCCCCCUCCGCGACUCCGGCUGUCCCCGGGGCCUCAUGCUGCGGGAAGGGGACGGCGGGUCCUGCUGCUCCUGCGCCCCCGAGGGUGACAACGCGACCUCCCCGGGCCCCCCCCCCGCGGUGACCACGGCGCUGUCCCCCGCCCCCCGGACCGAGCCCCCCGGCAGCCCCAGCCCUACGGCCGCUCUCGGGGGGCCGCCAUCGGGGACCCCCAAAAGUGCCGAGACCCACCCGGAGCCCCCCAGCGCAGCCGGGGACACCCCCAGAACCGUGACCCUCCCCGAGGAGACCCCGAGAGCCCCCGGGAGUGCCACGACCUCCCCCGAGCCCCCCCAGCUCCGGGCGCUGCCCUCGCCGGCUCCCACGGGGGUCCCCGCCGAGACCCCCGCAGGCUGCGCCCCCCCGCCCUGGGGAGGGUGGGGGUCCUGCAGCCGCUCCUGCGGGGUGGGGGUCGCCCUGCGGCGCCGGGGGGGGCCCCCGCCCGGGGGGAGCUGCGCUCACCCCCCCAACAUCGACACCCGCGUCUGCUUCCUGCGAGCCUGCCCAGUUGCGGGCGGGUGGGCGCCCUGGGGGUCCUGGACCCCCUGCGACGCCCCGUGCGGGGGGGGGCAGCGGAGCCGCCGCCGCAGCUGCAGCGACCCCCCCCCGAAAAACGGAGGGCGGCCGUGCGAGGGGGGGGCCCUGCAGAGCCGACCCUGCAACCUGCGGCCCUGCGGGGACGGCCCAGCCUGCCCCCCCCAGAUGCUGCUGGUGCCCCCGGGGGGGUGCGAGGAUUUGGGGGUGCCCCCCUGCCCCCCCACCUGCGCGGACCCGAGUGGGAACAGCUCGUGCCCGGGGGGCUGUGAGGAAGGCUGUCGGUGCCCACCCGGGCUGGUGCUGUGGGGGCGUGACUGCAUCGAGCCCGGCGCGUGUGGGGGUCCCGCGGGGGUGUUGGGGCUCCCCGCGAGCCGGGCCCCCCCUGAACCCUGCGGGUGGUCGCGCUGGACCCCCUGGACCCGCUGUGACUGCGGCACCGGGACCCGGCAGCGCUUCAGGUCUCCCACCAACCCCGCGGCCGUGCCCGGCGGUGCCCCCUGCGCCGGGCCCCCCCGGGAGGUUCAGGGCUGCCCCGAGCCCUGCGGCCCCGAGCCCGGGAGCGCGGGGGCACCCGGGGGCACCGCGGCGCUGUGGGGCACGGGGCUGACGUGGGGCACCGAGACCCCGGAGUCGCCGUGGGUCGCGGGGUCUCCGUGGGCCCCGGACUCGCCGGGGGUCCCGGGGUCGCCGUGGGGCACAGAAUCCCCCUGGGUCCCGGGGUCGUCGGAGCUGCCGGGGGUCCCGGACUCGCCGGGGGUCCCGGAGUCCCCGGAGCCGGGGGUCCCAGCGUCCCUGGGGGUCCUGGAGCCCCCGGAGUCCCCAAAGCCCACGGACUCCCCGCGUGGCCGGUGGUCGCCGUGGGGCCCCUGGAGCGGCUGCAGUGCCCCCUGCGGGGGGGGCGAGCGCUGGCGCCGCCGGGGCUGUGAAGCCCCCCCGUGCCCGGGGCCGGCGCUGCAGAGCCAGAGCUGCCACAGCCACGUGUGUCGCGAGGCCGGGUGCCCCCCCGGCCGGACGUUCCGUGAGUGCGGGGGGGGCUCCGGGUGCCCCCGGAGCUGCGCCCACCUGGGCGGGGCCGUGGGGUGCGCGGGGGGGUGUCAGGAGGGGUGUCACUGCCCCCCCGGCACCUUCCUGCACCACCGCACCUGCCUGCAGCCCCAGCAGUGCCCCUGCUCGGUGCCGGCCGCGCUGCUGCGGGGGGGGGACCCUGGGACCCCCGUCGGGACCCCCCCCGGCCCGGAGCCCUCUGGGACCCCCCCUGGGGACCCCCCGAUCCUGGAGCUGCCGCCGGGCGGGACCGUCCACGUGGGCUGCGCCCGCUGCACCUGCCUGGGGGGCCGCCUGCGCUGUGCCCCCCCCGGCGGCUCCCCCGGGAGCCCCCCCUGCACCGGGACCCCCACGGAGAGACCGACCUGCCUGAGCCCCCCCUGCGCCGCAGAGCCCGGCACCACACGGGAUCUCAGCCCCACAGCUCUCAGCCCCACGGGGGAUCUCAGCCCCACACCAGCUCUCAGCCCCACGGGGGAUCUCAGCCCCACAUGGGAUUUCGGCCCCACGGGGGAUCUCAGCCCCACACCAGCUCCCAGCCCCACAGCAGCUCUCAGCCCCACAGCUCUCAGCCCCACAGCUCUCAGCCCCACGGGGGAUCUCGGCCCCACAUGGGAUCUCAGCCCCACGGGGGAUCUCGGCCCCACACCAGCUCUCAGCCCCACGGGGGAUUUUGGCCCCACACCAGCUCUCAGCCCCACGGGGGAUCUCAGCCCCACAUGGGAUUUCGGCCCCACGGGGGAUCUCGGCCCCACGGGGGAUCUCAGCCCCACACCAGCUCCCAGCCCCACAGCAGCUCCCAGCCCCACAGCUCUCAGCCCCACGGCUCUCAGCCCCACGGGGGAUCUCAGCCCCACAACCCCAGGGCCCGGGGAGGAGCCCGGGGGGCCCGCGGGGGUCCCGGGGGGGCCGUGGGGGCCGUGGGGGCCGUGGGGGCCCUGCUCCCACACCUGCACCCGCCCCGAGACCCCCGCGAGCCGGAGCCGCCGCCGGGCCUGCGGGGGGGGGCACUGCGGGGAGGGGGGCAGCACCCAGAGCAGACCCUGCAACCUGCCCCUCUGCCAAGCCCCCCCCUGUGUGACACCCCCCUGCCCGUGCCAGUGGAGCCCCUGGGGGCCCUGGGGGUCCUGCUCGCGGCCCUGCGGGGGGGGGCAGCAGCGGCGGCUCCGGGCCUUCACCCCCCCCAGCCCGGGGGGCUCCUGGUGCCCCCACAUCCGGGGGGGCCACGAGCAGCGGCGCCCGUGUGGGGUGACGGCAUGUCGGGUGAACGGCGCGUGGUCCCCGUGGGGUCCCUGGUCGCGCUGUGACGUCACGUGCGGGGGGGGCCGCUCCGUCCGCAGCCGCUCCUGCUCCCGACCCCCCCCCAAAAACGGGGGGAGCCCCUGCCCCGGGGGGGGGCACGAGCUGCGGGUCUGCAACCCCCGGCCCUGCGGCCCGCGGUGCCCCCCCGGGCAGACGCUGUCCCCCUGUGCCACCCAGUGCCCACGGAGCUGCCGGGACCUGCAGGAGGGGGUGUCCUGCGGGGGGGGGACCCCCUGCGAGCCCGGCUGCCGCUGCCCCCCCGGGACCCUGGAGCAGGACGGGGGGUGCGUCCCCCCCGCGCUCUGCGAGUGCCUGGACGCGGGGGGGCACCUCUGGGUGCCGGGGGGCGGGGGGCACCCCCGGGGGUGCCAGAACUGCACCUGCGCGGGGGGGCGGCUGCGCUGCACCCCCGGGGGGUGUCCCCCCCCACCCCCCACCCCCGGGAGCCCCCCCGGGACCCCCCCCUGCGCCUGGAGCCGCUGGAGCCAGUGGGGCCCCUGCAGUGUCACCUGCGGGGGGGGGCGGCAGGAGCGGUACCGGACCCCCAUCCCACCAGACAGCGGGGGGAGACCCUGCGGGGCCCCCCAGGAGGAGAGUCGGGGGUGCGAGGAGACCCCCUGCCCCCCCCUGUGCCCUGGGGGGGGGGGCGAGCGGGGGCUGGGCGAGCACUGGACCCCCGGGCCCUGCCGGCAGUGCACCUGCACCCCCGAGGGACCCCAGUGCUGGGACACCCCGUGUGCCGCCGAGCCCUGUGACUGGAGUCCUUGGGGGCCCUGGGGACCCUGCGGAGACCCCUGUGGGGGGGGGUCCCGCCUGCGCCACCGGCACCCCCUGAACCCCGAGACCCCCGGGCGGGCGUGUGGGGGGAUCCGGACCCAGAGCGAGAGCUGCAACACCACUGCCUGUGCCGGGCCGGGCUGCGGGGGGGGCCGGACCCGCAGUGCCUGUGCCGGGCGGUGCCCCCGGAGCUGCGCGGACACCUGGGCACAGGUGCUGUGUCUGCAGGGCCCCUGCGAGCCAGGGUGCCGGUGCCCCCCCGGGCAGCUGCUGCAGGACGGUCACUGCGUCCCCCUGGGCCGGUGCCGCUGCGGGACCCCCGGGGGGGGCAACGGGAGCAGAGAGGUGCCCCCGGGGGGGGCGACCCAGAUCGGGUGUCACAACUGCACCUGCGGGAACGGGACCUUCACCUGCCCGGCGCUGGCCUGUCCCUCCCCGCGGCCCGCCACCCCCCCGAGCCCCCUGUCCCCCGCGGCCCCCGGGACCCCCGUGUCCCCCUGGUCCCCGGAGUCUUCCGUGUCCGCUCUGUCCCCCUCGUCGCCCCCGUCCCCUACGACCUCCACGUCCCCCCUUUUGGCCCCCGCGUCCCCCUGGUCCCACUCACCCUCCGCGUCCUUCGUGUCCCCCGUGACACCUCUAUCCCCCGUGUCCCCCGUGUCCCCCGUGACACCUCUGUCCCCCGUGUCCCCCGUGACACCUCUGUCCCCCGUGUCCCCCGUGUCCCCCGCGUCCCCCGCGUCCCCCCCGUCCCCCGCCGCGUCCCCCUGGUCCCCCUGGUCCCGCUGCUCCCGCACUUGUGGCGGCGGCACCCGGACACGGCACCGGCAGUGCCGGGAGGGCCCCGAGGGGGGGUCCCCGUGCGGGGAGACCCCCGGGGAGGAGACGGCGGAGUGUAACCCCCAACCCUGUGCCGGCUGCCCCCCGGGCGAGGUCUGGCUGGACCCCGGCCCCGCCUGCGAGCGCAGCUGCCACGACCUGGCGGAGCCCCCCGGCACCUGCGGGACCCCCGGCACCCCCGGAACUCCCGGCAGCCCCGGCACCUCAAGCACCCCCGGGACCCCCGCGACCCCCGGGACCCUCCCGACCCCCGCCCCGCGCUGCUCCUGCGCCCCCGGGCGGUACCGGAACGAGUCCGGGCAGUGCGUGAGCGCGGGGGGCUGCGGGUGCCGCCACCGCGGGGCAGUGCGAGCGGCCGACAGCGAGUGGCAGGAGCAGUGCGGGACCUGCCGCUGCGCCGAGGGACGUGUCACCUGUGCCACCACCUGCCCCGCGCUCACCUGCCCGGAGGGCACGGAGCCGGUGCGGGAGCCCGGGAGCUGCUGCCCCGUGUGCCGGGACGAGUGGCCAGAGGAGACCCCCGGGCCGUGCCGGCUCCUCACGGCUCUCCGGACCAUCGCCAAGGGCGCGUGUGUCCUGCGGGGCGUCCGCGUCACCUACUGCGCGGGGGGGUGUCGGUCCCGCACCGCCGUCAGCGCUCAGGAGCCGUACGUGCGGUCGCUGUGCGAGUGCUGCAGUUACCGCCUGGACCCCGCCCGGCCCGUGCGCCCCCUCCUCCUGCCCUGUCCCCGCGGCCGCCCCCGGCCCGCGCUGCUGCCCCGCAUCGCCCAGUGCCACUGCGAGCCCUGCCGGGGAGGGGACUUCACCCGGCGCUGAGGAGCCCCCUGAGCUGGGACCCUCCCGAGGAGCCCCCCCGGACACCCCAUCCCCCUCUCGGACACCCCGUCCGUGUCGGCCCCGGGGAGUUUGUUAUGGAUGCCAAUAAACGAUCAAUAGUGCA